AUGAGGCCCUGUGGAGAUAAUGAGAGGGCCCCUGGUGGAGAGGAUAAUGAGGGCGUGCCCGGUGGAGAUAAUGAGAGGCCCCUGGUGGAGGGGGGCCGAGAGGCCCCUGGUGGAGAUGAUGAGAGGCCUGGUGGAGAUGAUGAGAGGGCCCCUGGUGGAGAUAAUGAGAGGGCCCCUGGUGGAGGUAAUGAGAGGGCCCCUGGUGGAGAUGAUGAGAGGGCCCCUGGUGGAGAUGAUGAGAGGGCCCCUGGUGGAGAUAAUGAGAGGGCCCCUGGUGGAGAUAAUGAGAGGGCCCCUGGUGGAGGUAAUGAGAGGGCCCCUGAUGAAGGUAAUAUGAGGGCCUCUGAUGGUAAUAUGAGGGCCCCUGAGACCACCUGGACUCUUCAUACAACACCCGUACCUGCAGUAGCUUACCUGCAAGUAUAG